AUGCCGGGCGUCCGGGACGCGCCGCGGCUGCGCCGGCGCCCCCUGGCGGCGCGGAGGACCUACGGAGUGCCGGGCAGUCACGUGGCCGAGGGGCGCGGCUCCCCGCGAGGGCGGAGCGGGGCGGGGCGCGGCCGCGCGCGGCCCGGGAACGCCUUAAAGGGCAACAUCACUUCCGGUUCCCGCUUCCGGGUCCUGCCGCCGCCGCUGCCGGUGACGGCUCCGGCCCGGCCCCGCCAUGUUCCUCCUCCUCCCGCCGCCGCCGCCCCCAUGAGCCGCAAGAAAAGCGGCUUCGCCAUCACCAGCGUCCGCGGCGGCAGCGGGACCGCGCCCGGCGAUGCCUCCGGCGCCGCGACCGGUUCUUCAUCUUCCUCCUCUGGCAGCCCCAGCGGGUCCCGGUUCCGCCUCGUUCGCUUGCUGUCGCCGGGGGAGGUGCUGCGGCGGGGCCGGUGGCUCUGCCGCGAUUUCUACGAGCGGGACGCGUCACCGCGGGGAGGCUGCGGCGGCGGGGGGAGGGUCCCGGUGUCGCUGGACGCCCCCCGGGCCGUCCCCGCCCCCCACCAGCCGCGGUCCCUCGGGGCCUUCGCGCAGCUCGUGCAGCAGGCGCUGCCCCCCAAACCCCCCUCGCCUCGCCCUGGGGGCGGGGCCGAGCUCAGCGCACGCCUGGGAUUGGCUGGCGAGGAGAGCGAAGACGAGGGCGCUGGGAGCGGCGUCACCGCCAUCGACAACAAGAUUGAGAGGGCCAUGGACCUGGUGAAGUCGCACCUGCUGCUGGCGGUGCGGGAGGAGGUGGAGGCUCUGCGGGAGCAGAUCCGGGAGCUGAGCGAGCGGCGAGCGGCGCUGGAGAGGGAGAACCGCCUGCUCCGGGCCCUGGCCACGCCGCAGCAGCUCGCCCGCCUGGCACCCCCGCAGCCCCCCGCACCACCCCCCGCGCCGCCCUGAGCUCGGGUGGAUCUCGGGAGGUUCUCAGGGGCCGGGCAGGGGCUCUGCGCUCGCUGCACCGCUGCUGCUUUACUGGGAGGAAGGCAAGGAGUGCCACUGAGCUCUCAUGCCCUUCCUGCGCAACUUGGGGCCUUUUUUAAUAAACCCGCCGUUUUUACAGCA